CUCGACUGUCAAGCCUUAACUGCAAUCACAACUGACUUAAUAGAGUUAGAUGCAACAUGGAGAAGCAAGUAUGUUCAUUAUUGGUUUUGAUUUUGUUCCUCAAUGUCACGGACUCAUUUACACUGACUGUUCCUGAGGAGGUGACAGGGCAGUUGAGAAAAUCAAUCACCAUUCCUUGUACCUAUCGUCCAGCUCCCCUGUACAUUGAGGUAGAAGUCGUUUGGUACAUUAAUACACACACAGUUAUUAUUCGAAGAAAUGAAUUUGGUGUUAAUAUUCCCCGUUUCAACAAUCGGGACAGAGUCACCAUUAAGCAUGAUCCUGGAUCUGGUGAUGUUUCACUUACUCUGAAAAAUCUGGCGUAUAGUGAUCGAGGAACCUAUACUUGUGAAGUAAAAUGGCGAACUAAGUAUGGAUUAAAUCAAAGAAAAAACAAUGCACAUGUCAAUUUAAUAGUGCUAAGAGCUUUACCUUCAACUAGAGCUCCGGCUAGUGUGGCCCCUGUGGUUCUUCCUACGGAUGGAUUCAACAUUAUGAAAAUUCAAGUCUGGGCGUUUGCACUGAUAGUUACUCUGAUCAUACUGUUUUUUUCUGUUAUUAUCGGCAUUGUGCUCUGGACAAGGAUUAAGACAGGGAACUUGUAUGAAUCGCCAAGGUAUGAAAGUUUUCUGUAUCAGGCACCAAUGAAUGUAGUCUUAACUGAAAAUAAUGAAUAUGAAGUGAUGACAACAAUGAAAGAGGAUGAAUAUUCAGUUAUACCUGUGGGAUCCGCAUGCUCUAUGAACAAUCAGAUGCUUCGGUGUGAAGAAUAACCUUAAUUACAACGCCACCCAAGUCCUUUUCAGUCUCUCAAUUUUAUCUACUACCUCCCUAAAAACUAUGCUAACUCCUGCUGGGGUAUCCUUUUUUAUUCAAUCGUGUGGGUGUCGCAUUUAUUGCCUAUCUCUAAUUGCCCCUUGUUCAGAGGGCAUUUAAGCAUCAACCACAUUGCUGUGGGUCUGGACUCACAUGUAGGUAAGAUCAGCAGAUGUCCUUCCCUGAAGGGCAUUGAAAUCCAGAUGGGCUUUUUUUUAAUGGUCAUCAUCAGACGUUAUUGAAUUCAAAUUUCACCAUCUGCUAUGGUGGGAUUUGAACUCAGGUACCCAGAGCAUUACCUUGGGUCUCUGGAAUACUAGUUAGGGACAAUACCACUAUGCCCCUGCCUCUCCAUAUAAUUGCAUUGGCCCUGGUAGUUUUAUAUUAUAGCAAAUAAAAGCAACCAAAAAAAAUACUGCAGAUGCUGGAACUCUGAAAUAAAAACAGAAAGUGCUGAAAAUGCUCAGCAGGUCUGGCAGCACCUAUGGAGAGAGAUACAGAUUUAAUGUUUAAAAUCUAAUGUGGAUCUUCUUCAGAGCAGUUUUAUUAGCUUUAUAUUAUACUGCAUUGGCCAUUUUUCAUUCAUAACUGGUUGGUGAAUUUGAUGGGAAUAAUGGGGAGCAGAUAAACCAAGCCUCAUCCUGUCCUCACCGGAUAACCACAUGUGUCAUUUUCCAGCAGAUGUUAUUGGAUAGUGACCAGAAGCAGGAAUCUUGUCUAAUUGGUUCACCUAUCUAAUUCAGAGAUGCGAAGGCCAACUAUAGAUUUUGAAUGGCUGAGUUUCAUUAUGUUCUUUAUUUUUCUUACAUUAAUAGUUAAAAUAUGAUAAGUUCUUCCUAUGUUGCUUUAAGUACUGCAUCUUUUCUUUCUAGGUUAUGUGAUGAGUUUUUUUACGCUUGUCAUUUUAGAAAAGCAUUUUCAUUGUAUUUUACAUAUUGCUUUUACAAUUAAAAUCAAUACUGCAUAA